CGCACACGUAAUUGUACGCCGGUAGCCGAGAGUCGUGCAGCGCGCGCGCCAGAGUAAUAAAUCGUGUCGCGUAACGGACUAACGUGUGGUGCGUGGCGCGUGCGUUGGUUCGUGGGUGCAUGGUGCGUGGUGCGUGGUGCAUGGUGCGUGGUUCGCAGAAAUCAGUGCGUGGUGCGUGGCGAGUGCAGUGCGUAUAUCGCGUAUUUUAUUGCACGGUGUGCGCCCGGUCACGUGUGGUAUACGCGUUGACGAUGAACUGUGCGUAGCCGCCACUGCAGCGGUCGCCGUCGUCGGAUCGGACCGCCGCCGGUGGUGACCGCUACCGUGGUUGUGCAGCGACGCCGUCAUGGAACGGAAACGGAGUGGCCGGCGGUAUUACAACAAGCGGAAAAAGACAUGGACGCAACAGUGCAAGGAUUACUUGCGACAGUUCAUAGCGUUCCUGUUCAGUAAUAUCGGCAUCAUUUGCCUGGUGGUCGGCUACACGAUCGCCGGCGCCUUCAUGUUCAUCUUCAUCGAGGGUGCACCCGGCAACGCGAUAGCAGUCAUCGACCGGGUGGGCGCGAACCGCAGCGGCACCGCCGACAGAAUCUGGGACAUGGUGUGCUGCAACGCGUAUUGCGAAGACGAGUGGAAGCAAGAGGUGCAGGUGCAUCUCCGGUCGUUCCAGAGUCACGUCAUCGAGGCCGUCCGCAACUUCAGCUACGAAGGUCCCAACAAGCAGAUGACUCGAUGGUCGUUUUCCGGAUCGUUCCUUUACUCGCUGUCCGUCAUCACCACUAUAGGCUAUGGAAACGUCACUCCUAGGACGUUGCUGGGAAAACUGGCGACCAUAUUGUACGCAAUUAUGGGCAUGCCGUUAUUCUUGCUGUACCUGUCCAACAUCGGCGACAUACUGGCCAAGAGCUUCAAGUGGAUAUACGCGAAAUGCUGCCUUUGCCGAAACUGCAAGAAACGCCGGAAACGAAUGUUGGCCAUUCAGCGGAAGGAACAGUUUAAGAUGGAUAUGCGAGACUUCAAACUGAACACCGGCGUACUCACCGAGGGCGAAGAGAGCGACGACGAGGGCACGACCGAUGGAAGUUCCUCGUUAAGCUUCAAUGACACACAAGAAGUUACCGUACCCAUCAUUUUGUGUCUAAUUAUAAUGGUCGGGACACACGGCGGUCACGGGACCGGAGUCAAGGUGGUGGUCCAUCGUAUAAUAUCUAUCAGUAAGGAGAAACUUCAAUAUACACGAAUUCUCAACGGGCAACAAAAACUUUCAGAUUAUGUAGCUGAAUAA